CGAAAUUCAGCACAGAUUGAGAUUGUUGAUAGCUGAGGUUUUAUCUUUGAGCUUCAAAACCAACGAUUUUAAUGAGAAGCAUGGCAUCUUUCACUGAUCGAGUCGAAGAUGCUUUUACGAGGAAAGAUGGGACUUUUAUGGCUCAACUCUACGCAGAGAUGUUGGAUUGCCUGAAAGUCAACAGCAUUGUUACCAACGAUAAUUUGUUGGAUCGUCUCGGUGUUGAUAUUUUCCAAAAUAUCAAUGCCGAAUUUUACUUACCGCAGAGUGCCAAGACAAAGAACACAAAUUUGGUUGCCUUAAGAUCUGCUACAAAUGGCAACUGCCUCUAUAGUUCAUUUUCAAUUCUGCUUGUUGGUGACAACUCUGUGGUGACUAUUUUGAGGCUGAUGACCUCUAUAGAAUUAUUUUUAUAUGCUGAUUAUGUGAAACAUACAUGUUUUUCAAAUCUUUUUGAAACUCAGCAUAACAAACACUUUGAUUCCAUCUCAAGCAUGGUGGCCAUGUCAGUCUCUUUUGAAGCUAUUGAUAGUGCUGGAAAUGGUUGUUCUGUUGCCGAACUGGUCAGGGCAGAAGCUGUGUUAUAUGCAAAAGAUAUGUCAUGGACUGUGUUUGUUUGUUUGUUGACACUCUCUUCAGUUACAUCCUGUAGCAUUUUUUCUUAUUAUCCUGACAUAUACUCUAGUGCUUAUAGGUGGAAUUUAUUAUUUAACCAAAGAAUUGAACCUCAAAUUCAAUCUAGAGCUUGUGCUUCCACUAGUAAUUAUUUGCGAGUUUUGUUUUGCUUUGAAGGUUCAGCUCCUUAAGCAACUGCAUUCAAACACAAUCACUAUGUGCCUUUGAUACUUGGUGGGAAGGGAACUAAAAGAAAGGGAAGUAGUCACUUGUCACAAGCUAUAAAGCCCAGUAUACAAACAAAGUUGAGGUUUACACCUACUGGUCCUACUGAGACAACCAUGACAACUAAGGCUCAUCCAUGUGGUAUAUCUCACAGUAGCGCUUUGGGUUCUUGUGAUGCUUCUUCUUUUAUUUCAUCUUCUACCUUGCAAUUACCAGAUAAUAAAACUGCAAAUGCUGAUUUGCCUAG